ACCCACAGAAGGGCGGAAGAAGUCUGCUUGUGAGAAAAAGCUAACGGGGGCUGGGGGGCUUUCCCCUCCGCUCCCCCGCUACAAGCCAUAUCUUCUUUAUAUGACGAAAAGCAGACUUUUAAUUUACUUCGGGGUCCCCCCAUACCUCUUGUUUUAAACCGCACUAGUCUAAAUAAGGCGCAGCCGCGGUCUCCUAUCUGAACCGUUCCUGCGUUGCUAGGGAGACAAGGCGCGGGAGGGGGGUGUCGGAGGCGCGCGCAUGCGUAAAACUCAAGAGGACGGCUGCAUCACGUCCAUCGUCCAGGCCGCUGUGUGUGGAGAAGCAGAAAGGGCGGGAGGCCAGGGAGGUUGCGCGCAUGCGCAAGAGGCCUUCGGGUGGCUCUGAGGGCGGAAGUGGCGACUCGUGAGGGCGUCGUCCCUCCGUCGCCGGAAGUCAGGAGCCGGUUCCGUUUCCGCUCCUGAGAAACAGGCGCGCGAGGAGAACUCACCUCACAGAAGGACGGGGCCAGGCUAGAGGAGCCCAGAGUCCGUGUUUUAUGUUUUUCUUCACAACAACCCUGUGAGGUAGGUGAGGCCGAGAGAGUCGUGGCUGGCCCAGAGUCACCCAGCACAAGGAGAGCGGCUGAAGCUGUUUCCCAACAGACGUGCAGCUCCGAAGCCUCCAGAAUGCAGGGCGUGUUGAGGAGCUGCAGUCGGCUGGCCCAGGGGCGUGUAUGUUGGACACGCCCCAGUUGUGGUCCAUGGGUGGCAGCAUCUGAGACGGUCUUGCUGCAUUCCACGCCGCUGAGGAAUACUACUGUCCGGUUGUGUCAGGCUGGGCAAGCCAAGGAUUAUAGCCUCCCCAACUCUAGCUGGAGUCGGGAAAUGCUGGAUCAGUUCCACAAAUUCAUGGAGAUGUCCAAAAAUGGGACGUGGAAGAAACUGCCUUCUUAUCGUAGCCUUGUGGAACAUGGCACAGGGAAGAAAAGGAAAAAGUCCAAGGAAGUAGACACCCGUCUCUUCCUCAGAAACUUUGAUACUGAAGGCGUGGGCUUUGAAUACGUGAUGUUCAUGAACUCUCUGGAGAAAAGGAUGGUGUCUGUUUUCCAGCUAGGUCCUUACCUGGAGGGACCUCCAGGGGUUGUGCACGGCGGUUCCAUCGCCACCAUUCUCGACAGCUCUCUCGGGGCCUGUGCCUUCACUCUUGUUGGCAAGGUGAUGACAGCAAACCUAAAUAUCAACUAUCGGAGUCCGGUCCCACUGCGCUCGGUGGUCCUGGUGGACUGCAAACUGGAGAGCAUAGAGGGGCGGAAGGUGCUUGUGUCCGGCCAGGUGCGGGGCACUGACGGGCAGACCCUUCAUGCAGAGGCUACAGCUCUGUUCAUUAAACUGGAAUCGAAGAAGCUCCCCCAGCCGCCAGCCAGUUCCACGUAACCCUCCGGAGUUCGCCUGAAGGACCCAGAACUUCUCCUGGGUUAUCUUGAACAAAGCCAUAUGCCUUGCCUGGGUGCCUCAUCUUUUGGGGACCACGAACUGCGAAACGAUUGAGUCGCUCUUGUGAUUUGGACGCCUUAACAAAGGAGCAUUCCUUUUUACCCAUUUUGAACCCCAGUGUGCCUCUUUCCUAGACCAGCUGAUAUUGGCCUGGGGCUAGUUUUUUGUUACACAGACUGAGCAGUACUAUAUUUUGGCUUGUAUUGUGGAGGCCUAGCCUCUCUGACAUAUUAUGUUUCAGGUCAGGUGGCAGGGUGUAGUUGACUAUUGCUAAGCUGACCAUGGUUGACCCAAGCCAAGGGUUCUCUGCAAUGUCUGAGGGAUACAUACAUCAUCUCCCACUGUAUGGUUGACAAGCCCUCUCAUCUCCUUCAGAAACAGGCCUUUUUCAGGAGGAUUGACCCAAUUUCUGCCUUUUGGAAGGACACUAAGAACCAAGAAGAUGCUUCUCAUAUGUAUAUCUCUAUGAGCGUACAGAACAGCCAGUUCUUCCUGAACAAAUUAUUUGAACUUUAAAAAACAAAAACCUGCUCAACCUGAUUCAGGCCCUUCCGGAAUAGAGAAGAAGUUGGCCAUGGUACUUAAAGGAGAAGUUUCGCCUAGAUUUUGCUAUGUGUAGAGGAAAAACCUUUUAAAAAAAAGUAAUAUAUUAAGUGGAUUUGUAUAUUGGUAUUUGAGUGUAAUUUAAGUUAAUGGAAUUGCAUUACAAGAGUGAAAAGGAUUCUUCUGCAAGAAUGCUCCAAAGGAGCUAAGGGAAACGUCCAACAUGCACCUUCUAUAUCGGAAACUCCACUUUUUCUAAUGGAUGGUGCUCAGCCACACUCACUCACGUACAAAGUGUGUGCCAUGAAUUUCAAAUGACAAUUGUGGGGAAGUUCUUCCAACCCUUACUGCCUGCUGAAGAGGACGCAUUCUUCUAGGAGGUUCUAGCCUCUCAAAAGCCAAACUAGUAUUCUUGCCAAUGGAGUAUCCAUAUGGGUUUGUUUACAAGCUGUCCUGUUCAAUGAGUUUGCACGUGAGGAGAGACUCUCCUGAAAUCCUUCUGUUCUUACUCGUUUUUAGAGUCAUACUCCCUCCUCCCUCUGCAAGCAGAGGCAAAGAUCAUUUGGGAUAUAGCACAGAGCCAGGAUUGAGUUCUGGCUUCAGGUGGUGUCCCUGAGCCUUCGGAAUGCACGUAUUCCACCCCACUGCCAAAUUUCCAAAAUAAACAAGGAUUUGAGCCUCUGCUUUAUGUCCGAACUGACCCGGACUGCAAUUAUUGGUUGGCAGAGGUCAGGGAGAAGGAGGUAAUUUCAGCAUAGGAAAUGACAGUAUUUUUGUUCCAUCAACUUACUAGGAAGCAUUUUUUUUUAAAAAAAUCUUUAAAUUAAAUAAUGAAUAAAGGAAAGAUACAUCAAAAAUGUCCAGAAUACAAGACAUAUCUAACAUUACAUAUUGUUAUCAACAUUGGGAAAAGGAGAGAAACAACAACCUCUUCCCUCCCUUCUCACUGCAAAUAAUUUGGUAACUGAAUAAAAGAAGCAACCUUACAUUUCAUAAGUACAGAUAAAAGUAGAAAAGAACCUUUUCUAAUAAAAGAAUUGCCAUUAACAAGAGAAAAGUAAAAGUAAGCCCUAUAUAUUUAUAUUAAAAACGACUUUCAAAAAUAAGAGAAUACAAAUAUACAAAUAAUUCAAACAGUAUUCUUAUAAGAGAUAUAAAGGAUGAGCUAGAAAGAAAGAUCAAACACUGGAUAGCUAUAAAACCUAUUCUUUUUUAAAAAAAUAAAGUAAAUAUGGGGGAGUGGGAGGGGCAUUCCCUGCACGGCUCUUAUUAAUGUGGUAUUCUGCCCUGCUAAUUGCGGGAUGUGGCAGUUUCCAAGGGGGGUGGGGUGUGUCUUGGAUUAGAGGGGAAGAGCAAUUCUCUCUAUUAAGGAACAGGGAAAGAGGAACUGUUGCUGUUCAGUCCAGUGGCUAUCUCUGGUGUUUGCUUUGUGUGUUCCCUUUAGCUCGUGAGCCCUUUGGGGACAGGGGAUUUUCUGAUUCCUUUUGCUGUAUAACCUCCUCUUGUUAAAGAGCAGUAUAUAAAAUAUCGAACUGUCAUGAUGGAUAAUCAUGGCGUGCCAAGGCACACCUGUUCUCUGUUUAAUUGUGUUAAUUCCAUGAAAUUGUGUGAACGUUUUAUUCUGUGAAUGGUUUUUUGUUUUGUUUUUUGUGGCUGUUGUAUAUUUGUGUUGUGUACACUGCCUAGCGACACACCUAUCAAAUGAUUAAUUGAUUUUAAUUUAAUGAGUUAAUUAAUUAAGAGAUGACUUUGCUGGACUAGCGAGCCCCUCUUCUUGUCUAGACCUGGUGCUGACAGAACAAGGAGCGAUUAGCCCCUUACAGACUGGCUGUCUGUUCCCUUGUCUGCAAUACUGAAAGAGCUUUUUCUGUGAUCCUUGAAGAGAGAUUUGCAGAAAUAAAGGCCUAUUUGGGGAAGGAAUAAAACCUCA